GGAGGAAGCGCUGCCCCCGUCCCCUCCCUCGCCGCCCCUGGCCCAGCGGGAGCCCCCCCAGUGCGCCUGUGCGGAGGCCUACUUGAUUAUGUGUGCCCUCUCGGGGCGCCAGCGUUAGCGGCCGGGUGGAGAUGGUCUCUAGCGACCGGCCCGUGUCACUGGAGGACGAGGUCUCCCAUAGUAUGAAGGAGAUGAUUGGAGGCUGUUGCGUUUGCUCAGACGAGAGAGGCUGGGCCGAGAACCCGCUGGUUUAUUGCGACGGGCACGGCUGCAGCGUCGCGGUGCAUCAAGCUUGCUAUGGCAUUGUUCAAGUACCCACUGGACCAUGGUUUUGCAGAAAAUGUGAAUCCCAGGAGAGAGCAGCGAGAGUGAGAUGUGAACUGUGUCCUCAUAAGGAUGGAGCUUUAAAAAGAACAGAUAAUGGGGGUUGGGCUCAUGUGGUUUGUGCCCUGUAUAUUCCAGAGGUACAGUUUGCCAAUGUGUCCACAAUGGAACCAAUCGUUUUGCAGUCUGUUCCUCAUGAUCGUUACAAUAAGACUUGCUAUAUUUGUGAUGAACAAGGAAGAGAAAGCAAAGCAGCCACUGGUGCUUGCAUGACAUGUAAUAAACAUGGAUGUAGACAGGCUUUCCACGUAACAUGUGCACAGUUUGCUGGAUUGCUUUGUGAAGAAGAAGGUAAUGGUGCAGAUAAUGUCCAAUACUGUGGCUACUGUAAAUACCAUUUUAGUAAGCUGAAAAAGAGCAAACGGGGAUCUAAUAGGUCAUAUGAUCAAAGUUUAAGUGAUUCUUCCUCUCACUCUCAGGAUAAACAUCAUGAGAAAGAGAAAAAAAAAUAUAAAGAAAAGGACAAACACAAACAGAAACAUAAGAAGCAGCCAGAACCAUCACCUGCACUAGUUCCAUCCUUGACUGUUACUACAGAAAAAACUUAUACAAGUACUAGCAACAACUCUAUAUCUGGAUCCUUGAAGCGGUUGGAAGAUACCACAGCUCGAUUUACAAAUGCAAAUUUUCAGGAAGUAUCUGCACACACUUCUAGUGGAAAAGAUGUUACAGAGACAAGAGGGUCAGAGAGCAAAGGAAAGAAAUCUUCAGCUCACAGCUCAGGUCAAAGGGGAAGAAAGCCUGGUGGUGGACGAAAUCCUGGAACAACUGUGUCAGCAGCUAGCCCCUUUCCGCAAGGCAGUUUUUCAGGAACUCCAGGCAGUGUAAAAUCAUCUUCUGGAAGUUCAGUGCAGUCUCCCCAGGAUUUCUUGAGCUUUACAGACUCAGAUCUGCGUAACGACAGUUACACUCACUCCCAACAGUCAUCGUCAACCAAAGAUGUACAUAAAGGAGAGUCUGGAAGCCAGGAAGGGGGGGUAAAUAGUUAUAACUCCUUAAUUGGUCUCCCUUCGACCUCAGCUGUUAUUUCACAGCCUAAAAGCUUUGAAAAUUCACCUGGAGACUUGGGUAGUUCCAGCCUUCCUGCAGCAGGAUAUAAACGGUCUCAAACUUCUGGCAUAGAAGAAGAAACUGUCAAGGAAAAGAAAAGAAAAGGAAAUAAACAAAGUAAGCAUGGGCCUGGUAGACCCAAAGGAAACAAAAAUCAAGAGAAUGUUUCUCAUCUCUCAGUUUCUUCUGCUUCACCAACAUCAUCUGUAGCAUCAGCUGCAGGAAGUGUAACAAGCUCUAGUCUUCAGAAAUCUCCUACAUUGCUCAGGAACGGAAGUUUACAAAGUCUUAGUGUUGGCUCAUCUCCAGUUGGUUCAGAAAUUUCCAUGCAGUAUCGGCAUGAUGGAGCUUGUCCAACAACUACUUUCUCAGAGUUGCUGAAUGCAAUACACAAUGACAGAGAUGACAAUUCUACACUAACAAAGCAGGAACUUAAAUUCAUAGGCCAUCAGCAGGGAGCCGGAUGGGAAGUGGAGCAGCCGGGACUUGAACCAGUACCUAUAUGGGAUGCUGGUGCCACAGGCGGAGGCUUAACCUACUACGCCACAGCACCGGCCGCUUCUCUAGGUAUUUACAACAGCAAUGAUGUAGCAGUAUCGUUUCCAAAUGCAGUGUCUGGCUCAGGAUCUAGUACUCCUGUUUCCAGUUCUCACGUACCUCAGCAGUCUGCUGGGCAUCUGCAGCAAGUGGGAGCUCUGUCUCCCUCAGCUGCCUCCACUGCAACCCCUGCUGUUGCCACAACUCAGGCAAAUACUCUAUCUGGAUCCUCUCUUAGUCAGGCACCAUCUCAUAUGUAUGGCAAUAGAUUAAAUACAAAUCCAUCAAUGGCAGCUCUUAUAGCUCAGACUGAAAACAGUCAAACAGAUCAAGAUCUUGGAGACAAUAGCCGCAGCCUGGUUGGCAGAGGAAGCUCACCCCGAGGAAGUCUCUCUCCACGAUCCCCUGUAAGCAGCUUACAGAUUCGCUAUGAUCAACCAGGCAACAACAGUUUAGAAAAUCUGCCUCCAGUAGCAGCGAGCAUAGAACAGCUUUUGGAGAGGCAGUGGAGUGAAGGACAACAAUUUUUAUUAGAACAGGGUACUCCUAGUGACAUUUUAGGAAUGUUGAAGUCUUUACACCAACUUCAAGUUGAAAAUCGAAGAUUAGAAGAACAAAUUAAAAACUUGACUGCCAAAAAGGAGCGUCUUCAGCUAUUAAAUGCACAGCUUUCAGUGCCUUUUCCAACAAUAACUACAAAUCCUAGUCCAUCUCAUCAAAUACAUGCAUUUUCAGCACAGACUGCUCCUAAUACUGAUUCCUUGAACAGCAGUAAGAGCCCUCAUAUAGGAAACAGCUUUUUACCUGAUAAUUCUCUUCCUGUGUUAAAUCAGGACUUAACCUCCAGUGGACAAAGCACCAGCAGUUCAUCAGCUCUUUCGACUCCACCUCCUGCUGGGCAGAGUCCAGCUCAACCAGGCUCAGGAGUUAGUGGAGUCCAGCAGGUCAAUGGUGUGACAGUGGGAGCACUAGCUAGUGGAAUGCAGACUGUAACAUCCAACAUUCCUGCUGUGUCUGCAGUGGGUGGAAUAAUUGGAGCUUUGCCAGGUAACCAACUGGCAAUUAAUGGCAUUGUAGGAGCUUUAAAUGGGGUUAUUCCAACCCCUGUCACAAUAUCCCAGAACCCUGCCCCCCUCACUCACACAACUGUACCACCUAAUGCAACACAUCCAAUGCCAGCUACACUGACUAACAGUGCCUCAGGACUAGGAUUACUUUCUGACCAGCAAAGACAAAUACUUAUUCAUCAACAGCAGUUUCAGCAGUUAUUAAAUACUCAACAGCUUACACCAGAACAGCAUCAAGCCUUUAUAUAUCAAUUAAUGCAACAUCACCACCAGCAGCACCACCAGCCUGAAAUACAGCAGCUACAGAUCCCUGGGCCAACACAAAUACCCAUAAACAACCUUCUUGCAGGUACUCAGGCGCCCCCACUUCACACAGCUACCACCAACCCAUUUCUGACCAUCCAUGGAGAUAAUGCAAGCCAGAAAGUCGGAAGACUUAGUGAUAAAACUGGGCCUGUAGCUCAAGAGAAAAGUUGACACUUGAAAAACAUUCAGAAAUUGCCUACCCUGCUGUUCUGGCACACGUCAUUGGCUGCUGUUGCAGUCUGUUUACUACAACUAUGAAGAAACGCAACAAGAGACUAACCGCACAACACAGGAUUAGCUGCCGCAAGCACGUUCUUGUAAGGCUUUGAUUAAUUUUCUUGUUGCAUUGUUGCACUGACAUGGAAUUCCCAUAUUCCCUUACCCACAUGUUUUUGAACUUUGAAAGAAAAUUUAAUAGCUAACUUUUGUCAAUGAAAUAAUUUACAUGCAAUGAGUUUAUCAACCCAAGAAAAAUUUAAUAUAGUUGGUGCACAUCUAGUUUUGCUAUAAAUUGGAGAUAUGAAUAGCAAAGCUAGACUUGUUCCAUUUAAAAGCUCCUUGUUUUCACUCUACAAGUUGCUUAUGAAAUAGGAUCUUCUCUUUGCAUUACAGUAUGCUUGCUCCGUGAGUUAGAUCUUACAACAAAUUUCAAGGAACUGUCCAAUUUCUUCCAGAGUUUUAUUGAGUAAAUAUUGCAAAUAUAUAUAUAGGUCAUCAACUGGCACUUGGCAAUCUUUGUUUAAAAAAAUUUCCUUCCAAUGGGAUUUGGCCAAUUUUGUUAAUCACGUUAGGACGGUAUUGUCUGCUUCUGCUAAUGGUAAUUUUCUUUUACUACGUGGUUUUUCUUUAGUGUUAAGAUUCAUAACUUUUAAAAAUCCCUGAGUUAAGCAAGUUCUAAGGCUGCUGGGGGAACCAGAUCAAUCAAAGCAAAAGACUUCUUUCAGAAAGAGAGGCCACUCUGGAAAUUGCUGGUAGGGUUUGGCCUUAAUCAAGUGCCUGUUAGUACCUCCAUUGUGUUGUGAUGGCUCUAGAGAGCAGAGCUGAGCUACAGUCAGUCCUUGUAAAGUAGCAGGAAUCGUUUGCCUUGUCCCAGCAGCCUUCCCCGUGCUUCCGCCUUCAUUGAAAACUUUCUAUGCCACUGUAGAUAGCUCAGGCAAAACCAUUACCUGGGUAUUUAUCCACUAAUGAAUCACAAGAAAAUGAGUGGACUUGGUAAGAAUAUGUAUUUGUUUUAUUUAAACUACUUCCUAUUACCAUUAAAACAAACCAAAAAGAAAAAUAACACAUAAACACACAUACACAAAACCCACCAUUAUAUUCCUGGAAUAGGUGAGACCUAUAUUAUAGCCCUUCUCCUUCGGGAGCCAUGCUCUUGAUGUGAGAUACGGCAGAGGAAUUGAUUAAAGAAUUGGGCAUGUAACCAUUGAACUGUUCUUAUAUGUGUGACUUAUUAGUGGAAAAGACCCAGCUGUAAUUAGACCUCCACUGUGUACUUAGCUGGAAGAACAUGUUAAUUCUGCAAUAUGUCUCUUGGUUAAACAUUGCACAGUUCUUACCUCAUUUCUGUAAAUAAGGUUUUGUGAAUCUGUUUUGUAUUGUGAAAAAUUCAUAAGAUAACAUUGAUAUUUUGAUUUGUAAUAUUUCUAAUUGGUAGAUUUAAUUGAAAGUAAAAUUAAUUUAUUUUUAUAUGUUCUGGGGAAUUUUAAAGAAAGAUCUUUUGUAGAUAAUUUAAAAAAAAAUCAGUGUGGUUUAUUUUACUUAUUUAACCCACUGGUUGUUAUUCUGUAACAAUUUGUAUA